AUGGUCGACGACAAGUACAUCGGGCUGGCCCUGGCUGUCUCUGGCACAUUUGCCAUCGGAACGAGCUUUAUCAUCACGAAAAAGGGUCUCGCAGACGCCAACGCGCGCGCCGGUGCAUUCGGCGAGAACGCAUCCGACAGCUACACGUACCUCAGGAAUCCAAUAUGGUGGGCGGGCAUGAUAACAAUCGCUAACUUCGCUGCCUACACUUUCGCGCCUCCAAUAUUGGUCACCCCGCUGGGAGCUCUGAGUGUCUUGGUUGGUGCCAUCCUUGCCUCCUUCUUAUUGGAUGAAGAACUCGGUCACCUGGGCCGAGUGGGUUGCGCCCUAUGCCUUCUGGGGUCACUAGUCAUUGUCCUCAACGCACCGGCAGACAAAGACAUCGACACUGUCGAUGAAGUACUGCACUAUGCGCUGCAACCAGGCUUCAUGCUCUACUGCUUCACGGUCAUCGUCUUCUGCGUGGUCAUGAUAUACGCGGUGGCCCCCAAGUACGGACGCUCGAAUCCCAUCGUAUACAUUUCCAUCUGCUCGCUCGCCGGCUCAGUGUCUAUCAUGGCCAUCAAAGGGUUCGGCGUCGCUGUCAAGCUAACGUUUGGCGGACACAACCAGUUUACGCACCCGAGCACGUACGUGUUCGGGCUUGCAGUCGCGGGAUGCAUCGUCGUCCAGAUGAACUACUUCAACAAGGCGCUCGAUACGUUCUCCACCAACGUCGUCAACCCGAUGUACUACGUCGGCUUCUCCUCCGCGACAAUCGUCGCCUCCCUCAUCCUCUUCCAGGGCUUCAACACCACCGGCGCCGCCGCGUCCCUGACCCUCCUCGUCGGCUUCAUCGUCACCUUCCUCGGCGUGCACCUCCUCAACAUCUCGCGCAAGCCCGACCCCGCGCCCCCGCCCACCGCCAACGGCCACCACCACUCGCACUCGGCGCUCGAGACUGGGCUGAUGAACCCCCGCCUGAGCCUCCAGGGCCGCAUGUCGCUCGACGGGUGGACCGGCUCGGACGCCGGCGGCGCGGGCGUCGGCCCCGACGGCGCGCUGCACUCGGCGAGACACGGGCGCCGCAGCGAGGCGUACCACAGCCAGAGCUCGACGCUGUUCAAUGCGUUCGAGGACGGCGCGCCGCGGGACAUGAUGCCGCUCUCCGAGCUGCGCGAGUCCGAGGAGGAGACCGACGAGGAUGAGGAUGAGGACGAUAGUGAAGAUGAGGGCGAGGUGGACGAGCGGACGCGGCUGAGGGCUGCCGGCGCAGACAGACGCCCGCCACCGCUCUCGCGGGGCCACUCUGCGAGCGCGUCGCUCUCGAGGAGCCAUAGCAAUUCGCCGGCGCUGCCGGGCAGCGGGCGGAACACGCCGCGGAGCGCGUCGAUUCAGAGGGUGUCAUAG